AUUUGUCACUUCAGCUUUAAAACACCUCUGCCAGUAGCACGUCUCUUAGCUCAAAAUGAAUGGAUCAUAAAUAUGCCACUGAAUUGUAUAGAGACAGAACAUAGAAAAAUAAAAACAAGUUAGAGAGAGAAAAUGGAAGCACCAUUGCUAAAGGCCCGGAAAGGCGGCAGUAUUGAGAGGUUGGUGGCGGAGAACGGAGACUACGCGGAGGUGAAAACCGUAAGCGAGGCAGUAUCGGUGUUUAAGGAAGAGUCAGGAAUGCUAUGGAAGAUAGCAGGUCCAUUAGUGUUUAACAUACUUUGUCAGUACGGCACCGGUUCUCUUACCAACAUUUUUGUAGGACAUCUUGGGGAGCUUGAGCUUUCUGCUGUUUCUAUUUCAUUGUCUGUUAUUAACACCUUUGCCUUCGGAUUCCUGCUUGGUAUGGGGAGUGCGCUUGAAACAUUAUGUGGACAAGCUUUCGGUGCAGGACAAAUUCAUAUGCUUGGAAUUUACCUGCAACGUUCUUGGAUUAUCCUAUUGCUCGCCAGUCUUGGACUCAUGCCGAUUUACAUCUUCUCUGCACCAUUGUUAAAGCUUCUUGGACAGGACCAUGAUGUAGCCGACCUUGCCGCACAGUUCACCAUCCUUACUAUACCUUCAGUAUUCGCGUUGGCUAUCAUAUUUCCUACUCAGAAGUUCCUACAAGCCCAAAGUAAGGUUGAUGUAAUGGCUUGGAUUGGUUUCAUUGUUCUAGUCGAACACACUGUGCUUCUAUGGCUUUUCAUUUCUGUAUUUGGAUGGGGCAUCCAAGGAGCUGCAGCAGCUAACAACAUCGCAAGAUGGGUAACUGCAAUUUCCCAAGUUGUGUAUGUAUUUGGUUGGUGUAAGGAUGCUUGGAGAGGUUUGUCAUGGGCUGCUUUCAAGGACAUAUGGGCCUUUGUUAGGCUUUCAAUUGCUUCGGCUGUAAUGCUUUGCCUUGAAAUCUGGUACAUGAUGAGCAUAAUGCUUCUUGCUGGUCAUCUUCCAAAUGCUGUCAUUACUAUUGGCUCCCUUUCUAUCUGCAUGAAUGUAAAUGGACUACAAGCUAUGGUAUUCAUCGGAAUAAAUGCUGCUGUAAGUGUUCGUGUCUCAAAUGAGCUCGGAUUCCAGCAUCCAAGGGCGACCAGAUAUAGUGUGUACGUUGCAGUCUUCCAGUCUCUCAUCAUCGGGCUUUUGUGCAUGGCCCUUAUCCUCGUUUCUAGAGACUAUUUUGCCGUUAUUUUCACUGACAGCGAGGAAUUGCAGCAAGCAGUUUCUAAAUUAGCCUGGCUUCUUGGUGUGACAAUGGUUCUUAACAGUGUUCAGCCUGUCAUUUCAGGAGUUGCCAUUGGAGGAGGAUGGCAAGCGACUGUGGCAAAUAUAAAUUUGGUGUGCUAUUAUGCUUUUGGGCUACCUUUUGGAUACAUUCUUGGCUAUGUUGCAGAAUUUGGAGUAAUGGGAUUAUGGAGCGGUAUGAUAGCUGGAACCCUCUUGCAGACACUCAUUCUACUCUUCAUCCUUUACAGAACUAAUUGGAAUAAAGAGGUGGAGGAAACAAGCAGCCGAAUGCAGAAAUGGGGUGGGCAGGACAUCAAUGCAGAUAACAAGGGUGAUAACAUAUGAAUGACUUACUGCAACUGACAUUGAAUUUCUGUUCUUGCAUCACUUGAGCUUCAGUUAGUAGCAGAUAAUUUGGAUGUUCUGACUGGAACUUAUGCUGUCCACGACAAAGAGGUGAGCUAACCACUGUGACAGGGAAAACUAUAGUUUCAUGAUCAAGUCUCCAUUUUUUGAGCAUCUUUUCACCUUUCAAACUUCAAAGUUUACUGAAUUGUUGGAGGGCCGGUGCUGCCACAGACGUUGCUUCUCUAGAAACCCCAGCGAAGAUCAUCGCCUUUCCUCUUUUUGCUAUAAUUUUAUGAUAAUGUUGAAUCACCAAGUCUCCAUUGUUUGAGCAUCUUCUCACCUUUUCAUGUUUACUGAACUUCUGGAGGGCCGGUGCUGCAAAAUGAUCACCUUUCCUCUUUUGAAUGUAAUUUUGUUACUGAUUAUCUGCAAUCAAAAGGUCUUGCGCGCACAAGGUGUACAAUAAAUUUAUUGUACACCAAGAUAA